UUAUCGCGAGACUGCAGACAGGGCCGGGCCAGACAUGGCGGAAGAGGAAGUGGCCAAGUUGGAGAAGCACUUGAUGCUUCUCCGACAAGAGUAUGUCAAGCUGCAGAAGAAACUGGCAGAGACAGAGAAGAGGUGCACUCUUUUGGCUGCGCAAGCAAGCAAGGAAAGCAGCAGCGAGUCCUUCAUCAGCCGCUUGCUGAUGAUUGUGGCUGACCUCUAUGAGCAGGAGCAGUAUAGUGAUCUGAAGAUAAAGGUUGGGGGCAGGCACAUCAAUGCUCAUAAGUUUGUCCUGGCAGCCCGAAGUGACAGCUGGAGUCUAGCCAAUUUGUCUUCCACUGAGGAGCUGGACCUGUCAGAUGCUAACCCUGAAGUGACAAUGACAAUGCUUCGCUGGAUCUAUACAGAUGAGUUGGAGUUCAGAGAGGAUGAUGUGUUCCUGACUGAACUGAUGAAACUCGCAAAUCGGUUUCAGCUACAGCUCCUUAGGGAGAGAUGUGAGAAGGGUGUUAUGUCUUUGGUGAAUGUCAGGAACUGUAUUCGCUUCUACCAGACUGCAGAGGAACUGAAUGCCAGCACACUGAUGAACUAUUGUGCAGAAAUCAUUGCAAGCCAUUGGGAUGACUUACGAAAGGAGGACUUCAGUAGCAUGAGUGCCCAGUUAUUAUACAAAAUGAUCAAAUCCAAGACGGAGUACCCAUUACAUAAAGCUAUCAAAGUGGAAAGAGAAGAUGUGGUCUUCCUUUAUCUGAUUGAAAUGGAUUCACAGCUCCCUGGGAAGCUGAAUGAAGUGGAUCAUAAUGGAGAUCUUGCAUUAGAUCUAGCCCUUUCACGACGGCUAGAGAGUAUUGCCACCACGCUGGUUAGUCACAAAGCUGAUGUGGACAUGGUAGACAAGAAUGGCUGGAGCUUGUUACAUAAAGGAAUCGAAAGAGGAGAUCUCUUUGCUGCCACUUUCCUCAUUAAGAAUGGGGCAUUGGUCAAUGCUGCUACAUUGGGUGCCCAGGAGACACCGUUACACCUUGUGGCAUCAUACAGUUCAAAGAAACAUUCAGCAGAUGUGAUGUCUGAGAUGGCACAGAUUGCAGAGGCCCUCUUGCAGGCUGGUGCCAACCCCAACAUGCAAGACAGCAAAGGCAGGACUCCUUUACACUUGUCCAUCAUGGCCAGAAAUGAAUAUGUGUUUAACCAACUGCUGCACUGUAAACAGUUAGAUUUAGAAUUAAAAGAUCACGAGGGCAGCACAGCUCUGUGGCUUGCAGUGCAGUACAUCACUGUGUCUUCUGACCAGUCUGUGAACCCCUUUGAAGACCUCCCUGUUGUAAAUGGGACUUCAUUUGAUGAAAACAGCUUUGCAGCUAGACUCAUUCAGCGUGGCAGCAACACCGAUGCACCUGAUACGAUUACAGGAAAUUGUUUACUACAGCGGGCAGCUGGAGCAGGAAAUGAGGCAGCAGCUCUUUUCCUGGCAACCAAUGGGGCCCAUGUUAACCAUAAAAACAAGUGGGGAGAAACCCCAUUGCACACAGCUUGUCGGCAUGGCCUGGCUAACCUUACUGCAGAGCUCCUACAGCAAGGUGCCAACCCAAAUCUGCAGACAGAAGAAGCCCUUCCUUUGCCAAAGGAGUCUGCAUCCCUACCCAGCUCAGCAGACAGUGUCUGUCUGCAGACUCCACUACACAUGGCAAUUGCCUAUAAUCAUCCAGAUGUGGUGUCUGUCAUUCUGGAGCAGAAAGCCAAUGCUCUUCAUGCCACCAACAACUUGCAAAUUAUUCCGGACUUCAGCCUCAAAGAUUCCCGAGACCAGACUGUGUUGGGGCUGGCAUUGUGGACUGGCAUGCACACAAUUGCAGCCCAGCUGCUGGGCUCUGGGGCUUCCAUCAAUGACACCAUGUCAGACGGGCAGACCUUGCUGCACAUGGCCAUACAGCGGCAGGAUAGCAAGAGUGCACUCUUUCUUCUGGAGCAUCAGGCAGAUAUAAAUGUCAGGACUCAGGAUGGGGAGACGGCCCUUCAGCUGGCCAUCAGAAAUCAGCUUCCACUUGUGGUUGAUGCCAUAUGCACCCGGGGAGCUGACAUGUCCGUGCCAGAUGAAAAGGGAAACCCCCCACUGUGGCUUGCAUUGGCAAACAGUUUGGAGGAUAUUGCAUCCACUCUGGUCAGACAUGGUUGUGAUGCCACGUGCUGGGGUCCCGGACCCAGUGGGUGCCUUCAGACACUCCUGCACAGAGCCAUUGAUGAAAACAAUGAGUCUACCGCCUGCUUUCUUAUUCGCAGUGGCUGUGAUGUGAACAGUCCCAGACAACCAGGUGCUAAUGGAGAAGGAGAGGAAGAGGCUAGAGAUGGGCAGACCCCCUUGCACUUGGCAGCCUCUUGGGGGCUGGAAGAGACAGUGCAGUGUCUUCUGGAGUUUGGUGCCAAUGUAAAUGCACAGGAUGCAGAAGGAAGAACGCCUAUCCACGUGGCCAUCAGCAACCAACAUGGUGUUAUCAUUCAGUUGUUGAUUUCUCACCCUGACAUCCACUUGAAUGUACGAGACAGGCAAGGGCUGACCCCAUUCGCCUGUGCCAUGACUUACAAGAACAAUAAGGCAGCUGAGGCCAUUCUGAAACGAGAAUCUGGGGCUGCUGAACAGGUGGACAACAAAGGUCGUAAUUUCCUUCAUGUAGCAGUUCAGAACUCUGAUAUUGAAAGUGUCCUGUUCCUGAUCAGUGUCCAGGCUAAUGUGAAUUCCAGAGUCCAGGAUGCUUCCAAGUUGACCCCUUUGCACCUCGCUGUCCAGUCGGGUUCAGAGAUGAUUGUCCGCAAUUUGCUUCUUGCAGGAGCCAAAGUGAAUGAAUUAACUAAGCAUCGCCAGACUGCCCUCCAUCUUGCUGCUCAGCAGGACCUGCCUACCAUCUGCUCUGUCCUCCUGGAGAAUGGAGUGGACUUUGCUGCUGUGGAUGAGAAUGGAAAUAAUGCUCUUCAUCUUGCUGUCAUGCAUGGUCGGCUCAACAACAUUCGGGUUCUCCUGACAGAGUGCACAGUGGAUGCUGAAGCUUUUAAUCUGAGAGGUCAGUCACCACUGCACAUUUUGGGACAAUAUGGCAAAGAGAAUGCAGCAGCCAUCUUUGAUCUCUUCUUAGAGUGCAUGCCUGAGUAUCCUUUAGAUAAACCAGACGCAGAAGGCAACACAGUGCUGCUCUUAGCGUACAUGAAAGGGAAUGCCAACUUGUGUCGUGCCAUUGUCCGAUCUGGGGCUCGCCUUGGGGUGAAUAAUAAUCAAGGCAUCAACAUUUUCAACUACCAGGUUGCCACCAAGCAGCUUCUGUUUAGACUCUUAGAUAUGCUAUCGAAGGAGCCUCCGUGGUGUGAUGGCUCCAAUUGCUACGAGUGCACUGCCAAGUUUGGAGUCACAACCCGAAAACAUCACUGUCGUCACUGCGGCCGUCUUCUUUGCCAUAAAUGCUCAACUAAGGAGAUACCUAUUAUAAAGUUUGAUCUGAACAAGCCUGUGCGAGUGUGCAACAUUUGCUUUGAUGUACUGACUCUGGGUGGGGUCUCUUAGUGAGCCCUAGGAGCGUCCAGGCCACGUCUCCAGUCACCUCCCCAGCAGCUGCUCUGCUCACCAGCCUGCCCACCCAGAGCAGGAGCUGGCGGUCGUCUUCUGCAGCAAUAGACUGGAACAAUUAAGGACCAUGGUGUGAUAGAUCUCAUUUCAAAUGAUUCCAUAUGAUCAUCAGUGUGUGUCAGGCUGUGAUCGAUUCACUACUAGAUGUCUCACUAAUUGGACCAGGCCAUUCAGCCUAAGUGGUAAAUGUGAUUAGGUUAGACCCCCAUUCUGUUACCAACAUACAAGGACACUCUGAAAACCAUUUUCCCUUUUAGUAGCUUAGGGUCCAUCUCAGAGUAUUCAUGAAGUCUUCCUGCCUGGGCUGACUUAUGAGGCGGAGCCUCACAAAGUAGGAAGCUGGCUGCUUCAUGACAGCUGGCUUAACUCUAGGGUACGUGGCUGUGGACUUUUCUGCACAGUGUUUUCAUAAAGAUAAUAGGAUCCUCUUGCCCUGAAGUCUUUUUUUUUUUUUUUAAGCGAAGCUGUAUUUUUAGUGAGCUACCCCUUUUAAAAAGGUGAAAUCUUUCUAAACAGGGUUCAAAGAUGAGAGCUGAAAAUCGUGGCCUUAACAACUGAAAGCUUUACCAGUGUUCAUGCUACUGAGGUGUCAGGAGUGCAGUAUGGCAGCUUGAUACCUCCUAGCAGCCGUCUCAUUCUCUCGUCUUGCUGCAUCCUGUCUGUACUCAGUCACCCUACCACUUGAGAGUGGUAGAGAAAAUGCACUUUUAUUGUGCUGCACUUUUUAUAUAGCUGCAUUAUUGGUGAUUCCAAUUUAAAAAAUUCCAUGGUCAGAAAUACCCUCACACAUCCUUACAUCAGUGAUUCUAAUUAUCAGCUUUGACUGGACCUCAGCUCACACUGAUCUUAAAGGAAAAACUAUAGAAUGUCUUUUAGAGCAAGAGAGUCAUACAGGCCAGCUGGGGGAAAUCUGUAAAGCUUCAGCUCCAGGGCAUCUCCAGCUCAGGCCAGCAGGUCCUAUCUCCUUAAUACGAAUGCUUCUUGCUGAAACCUUCCCUAGUCAUGCUGUGAAUGCUGUUGGUUCCAGUUAUAUGUCCCUUGUCCUGCUCCAUGGGGCCAACAGCCAAAGGUCCUGGCCAGGUGAGCACAGCCCCAUUUUGGAAGGCUCUGACGUGUGUGCUAAAUGAGGCAGCCAGAACCCGCUGGGCCUUAGUCACUCACUGCUAGUACAUAUUUUAACCCUGAGAUAUUAAACUUCUUUUGAAGGUUGGGCCAGUUAAAAAAACAAUGCACAUUUAAAGAGAAACUUUUACCACUGCUUUUUAAAAAACAAAAACUACUCUGAGAUAAACAAUGUUAACACAGUUAUACUCAGAGAUUAACAGUCUCAAUCAUAACAUGCUGAUUUUUUAAGACAUUUUAAUAACCACUACAUUUUUUGCAUUAAUGAAGUAUGGAUAUAUGUGUAAAAGGGACUAAAUAUUUUUUUGCAACAACCUGUUUUUUUGUUUCUUUUUUGGAUAGUGGUAUGUUCUUUCUGUUGCUGUAGAUUUAUACGUUCUGUUGCCUAUAUAUGUGUGUAAAAUGAGCUUAUAAACCAGAGUGCUACUUUUUUUUAAUAUUUCUGUGAUUUAUAAGAUAUAUGCUUCUAUGUUAAUAUGAAGUGCACAAUGUUUAAAAGAAAAACUUAAUUAGAAGAGUCCCCUGUUCCCUAUUCUGUGACAUAUUUCACAUAGAAUUUUUACAGAAAAAUUCAGCUAGUCUUGGCAAACAUUUGACCAUGAGAGGCAUGUGGUCAGUUUCCAUUUUCUAUUGCCUGAAAAAGGCCACAAGGAAGCAGGGCUUAGUUAGGUAGCUUGAUUAUGUAAUUCUGUAAUUAGAAAGUAAGAUAAUCAUGGUUCAGAUAUGAAUUGAGGUGGUUGGUACACAGAUAAUUGUUCUUUUAAUGUUCAUAGUGGAGAGGGGAGGAUGAGGAUUCAAUCAGUAAACAGGCUAAUUGUUCUGCCCUGCCUACUGUACCAAUUUCAAUCACAAACUUGCCUAUAAUUGCACUUAAAUUCUUAAGAUCAUGUUUAAAAUAUGUUAGAUCAUGUUUAAAAUAUGUUGAUUCAAGCUUCUGUUUCUCAGCAGAGUCCAGGGAUAACAGUGGUACUGACCAGCCAUGAAUUAGGGGUACAUUUUUAAAUUCUGCAUUGGCUUCAGAAUGCAUUCAUGUAGAUAUAGAAAAAGCAUCUUUUUGAUCUUAGGAAGUCUCCCUGACCAUGCUGAUGUUCACUGGACGGCACUCAGCAGGUCCUUUGAGUGGUAGCUGCCCAGGUAGGACGCCAGGCACACUCUGAGGACCUUUUGUGCUCUCCAUGCUAUCACAACUUGAAUGACAAAACUGCCUAGCUGCUCCUGUUAAAUUUUAAUCUGUAGCUUAAGUACUAGUAGGAAAAACUUAAUUUUAUUCAUUCAGAAAGUUGCCAAUUAUCAUGAAUGAGUAGAGCAGGAAGAAUAAACUUUACUCAAACAGAAUUUGCUGUAUCAGUCAACAUUGUUAUGCUGAAAGCUUUUUAACUGCCUCUUACUCAUCACCAGAUUUAUUAUAUAGUGUAUUCUCAGCAGUCUUCUUUUUUGUUUUUAAGACAAAGGUACAAACCAUGUGCUAUAUAUAAACUGAAUGGCUUAAACUAAUUUGCUACAAUCCUCUCACACAGAAGUUUCCCACAAACUUAAGUGCCUACACUUAGGACUUUUAAACUUUCAGUUAUCUUUUUAGUGGUAUCUCAUUGAGUGAUGUGUUAGAAUAUGUGUUCCAUUUGAAGUUUUGUGCCUGUGCACUGUUAACCCUAAUUACCAAUUUAGUCAAGGCUGGAUUAGAUUGCUCAGUUCACCUGCCACAUUCUCUCCAAGGAGUGGGGUCCAUGUGACCUUUAGUCCUCUACCUCAGAACCCUGAGUCACUUCUGACCAACCUGCUCAGCUUCCUCAGUCUUCUCCCUGAAAGGGUCCCUGUGUGGAGCUCAGUGUGCAUGUGGUGUCACCACUCUUCUGAUUCGUGUCCCAUGCCUGUUGUACUGAACUGUUACUGCACUCAUCUUGUCCAUAGGCAUGGAGUGGAGGGAAAGUCUUGGGAGAGGGGAGAGCCUUGAACUUCAUUUAUGUUUCCUUUAUCUGGAGAAAAAGAACACUUCUGCACUAUGUAAUGCUUAGACCUGAAAGGCAAACUAACUUCCCAGGUGACAGUACAGUGUAAUGCUUUCCUGACAGACACACUUCCCUCAGGACAAACCCCAGAAGAACUAUCUGAAGCACCAAAGCUUCCCACUCCCAGAGGGGAGAGGAGGAAGCAAAGGGGAACAACUUGCCCAAGGGAUUUGGAAGCCACAUUCUCAUUUUGUGGAAGUAACUUAGUGAAGAGCUAACAGCUUGACAAGACAUCAAGUAAACACUUAAAAUCCCAGAAGUUAUAGAUGCCUUAAAGACUUUCUUUGGAAGAUCAUUACCUGUACAGUUCCUUUUUUGUGUGGCGUAAAUAAUAUAUUAACCUAUUACAACUGACAACAUUGGUUUUCUGCAGCAAGGGAGUCUUGUAGUUGGGACUGCUCAACUUUAUGAUGUGCCCCUUUGUGCAGAUGUGUGAGCUGGCUGUUACCAUGACAUUCCCAUGUGACACCAAGGGGAAGGGCAGUAGCUGGGCAGAAAUGGCAGGCACACGUUUGGGUUGAUCACCUUGGCUUCCAGACCAUUUGGGGUGGUGCUCGGUGUGGGGUGAUGACAUCAUAUAGGACCAUGGCGCUUAUCAGCAUUGUUUCUUUGAAGUCUGUGUAAUGGAAUGUAUUUUUCAAAUACUGAUAUUUGCAUUUUCUGUAACAGUUCCUUAUAAUAAAAUGAAGUAAAAUUGCGCAUUUAAAGUGGAAACUUUAAUAAGACAUUUGUAGUUACUUCCAACACAGAGGUACCAAUAAGCAUUAAAAACAAGUUAAAAAAAACUCA